AUGAAUCUCAUUGUCAUUCUUGUCCUUUUCUUUGCUGUCAUUGAAAACACAUCUUCGCAUGAUUUAAAUGAACAGGCGGCUGGAGCAGAAGAUUAUCAUCGCGAGGAUGAAAUUGACGGUAAACUGAGAUAUUUACCCGAGUUUAACGUGAACGCCGAUGUCACAAACAAAUGGUCAAAGUACAUUGAACUGGUGCAAAAUGCAAAUCGACAGUUCAUUAGCACUGCUGAUAAUGAUAAAGCUACAUCACCUGCUUUGGCAAAUGCUACCUGUGCCCCUUUCCUGCCAUUGGUGGAGUCUGAUCUGAAGUAUUACGAGGAUUUACAUGGAGCUCAGUUUAUUGACGAAAAUUUCAUUAGCACUGCUGAUAAUGAUAAAGCUACAUCACCUGCUUUGGCAAAUGCUACCUGUGCCCCUUUCCUGCCAUUGGUGGAGUCUGAUCUGAAGUAUUACGAGGAUUUACAUGGAGCUCAGUUUAUUGACGAAAAUGUCAUUGAGCAAAUGAAGAAACUAGAUCGAACUGUUCACUAUCAGAUAGUCAAUCACCGACUUUAUCGUGAUAAAGCCUGCAUGUUUCCCUCUCGUUGUUCAGGCGUUGAACACUUUCUGCUGUUCCUUCUGCCUCAUCUGCCAAACAUGGAUCUGUUUGUCAACGUUCGUGACUACCCCCAGAUUGGAAAAAGCUUUCCAAAAGGUCAACAACUGCCCGUUUUCUCUUUCUCCAAAGAUGUGACCUCCUACGUGGACAUCACCUACCCAGCGUGGACAUUCUGGUCCGGUGGUCCGGCACUGGACAUCUACCCCACUGGAAUCGGCCGCUGGGACCUGUCUCGUGAGUCAAUCCUCAGGAAGCAAAGUCAGCUGCCCUGGUCAAAGAAGGCCGACAUUGCCUUCUUUCGUGGCUCUCGAACUAGCGCCCAGCGUGACCCGAUCAUACGGUUGAGCAGAGCCCAGCCGCACCUAGUGGACGCCAAGUACACCAAGAAUCAGGCAUGGAAGUCAAAGGAGGACACACUAGGCGAAGAGCCGGCAGGGACGGUGCCUUUUGAGGAGCACUGCCAGUACAAGUACCUCUUCAAUGCUCAGGGCGUGGCGGCCAGCUUCCGCCUGAAGCACCUCUUUCUCUGUCGCUCACUGGUGCUGAACGUUCACUCAGAGUGGAUUGAGUUCUUCUACCCACCGCUGAAACCGUGGAUUCACUACGUGCCCAUCUCCGCCGACUUUGCCGACACGACGGAGGUGUUGCACUUUCUGGCAGAGAAUCAGCCCAUCGCUGCACGUAUUGCCAAACGAGGCUUCGAGUUCAUUCGUCAGCACCUGACAAUGGAGGCAGUGCAGUGCUACUGGCGGUACCUCCUCGAGGCCUACUCUAGCCGACUGGUCGCUCACCGACCGAGUGUGCCCGAUCAGAAGCUGAUUGAAAUCACUCAAAGUGCCUGA